AUGGCUUCCACUUCUACAAAAUCAACCAAAAACCCAGGCAAAGGAAGGCGCAAGAUCGAGAUCAAGAAAGUGGAGCAAACCAGCAAGCGUUUCGUCACCUUCUCGAAACGCAAGUUGGGUCUUUUCCGCAAAGCCGCCGAGCUAUCCCUCCUCUGUAACUCUGAAAUCGCCGUCGUAGUGUUCUCUCAGCACGGCAAGGUCUAUUCCUCCGGCUUCCCAGACCCCGACUCGGUCAUCCGCCGCUACCUCUCCGGCACAUUCUCUUCUUCCUCGGACCCCGCGUCGGUUGGUCAUGAAUGGGAGGAAGAAUCGGCGGUAUCGUCGCUGAGGCGGGAAUACGAGGAGGCAAUGAGGGUACUGGAUGACGAGAAGAAAUCUCUGAACGCAAUGGCUGAUAUUCCCGGGUCGAGUUCUGGUCCCGGGUCUUGGUGGAACCGCUCGGUUGGGGAGAUGGGUUUGAAGGAAGUUGUGGAGUUCAAGGAAAGAAUUGAACAGCUAAAAAAGAAUCUGGUUGCUGCGGUGGAGAAUAAGAAGAAGGAGACGGCGGCUUUGCUGGCCAGUUCCUCGUCGGUGCCGCCGCUGCAGACGACGGCCGAGGAGUGUUUGUCCACCUCUCUGAUGAAUGACGAUGUGGUUGCGACUGAUCAAGGGUGGGAUUGGGAUUGGGAUUCCUGGAAUGACAUCACAAUCAGUAAUGAUUCUUCCAUGGUUGGAAUACUGAUCUUGGACAGUCUUAUUAUUAACGCGUAG